CUAUUUCUCAUUCUUGAGAUGAAAGUGUCUACAAGUUUUCUGUUCUUCUUCGGUGCUUUCGUUCUUGAAAUGAGCAUUGUGCAUGCAAAUCAUGGAAAUUUCCAAAAUUGCUCAAAGAGCCAACAUGCAGGGAUAGGUGUCGUGGUUGAAAAAAGCUCUCGUGUUGGGAGAGAGCAAACGAUAGCCAUGGACAUGGCUAUCCAUGAUAUCUGCAGAAUUACAAAGACUGCUUGUUCUUGUCCAAUUUUGUAUGUCAAGGAUUCUCAAGGAAACCCGGCUCGGUCGGUUUAUGAAGUUAUGGAUCUCAUGGACCACAAACAAGUUCAUGCAAUUAUAGGAACAAUAAGCCCUGAAGAAGCCACUUUAGUUGCUGAGUUUGAUAAGGCUACCAAGAACAUCCCCAUCAUUUCUCUAACCCCGACAGCCACAACAUCACUUCCACAAUCAGCCGCACUAACUUCAUUUGUUCAAAUGAGUCACGAUAUCACAACCCAUACAGAAUGCAUUGCUGCCAUAAUUGGCCACUUUAAUUGGCGAAAGGUGACAUCAAUUUAUGAAGAUCACAGUACAUUUAGCUCCAGCCAUAGUCUCUUAACACAUCUCUCUGAUGCACUACAACUGGUUGGUUCAACCAUCGAAUGCCACUUCACAUUCCCUCCCUUGCAUUAUCUAUCAAACCCAAGCAUCUUCAUCGAAGAAAAGCUAAAAAAACUCAAGAUGAAGGGGAAUAAGGUGUUCAUACUUUUAAAAUCAUCUCUAGCAUCAUGCAUCCUACUAUUUGAGAAAGCAAAUCAGUUGGGAAUGAUGGAAAAGGGUUACGUAUGGAUAAUUUCUGAUGAUAUAUCAAGUCUUCUUGAUUCAGUCGACCAAUCAGUUAUAUUGAGCAUGCAAGGUGUUGUUGGAUUCAAGACUAACUUUGAAGACACAAGCGAGUCUUUUAGAGACUUCAAACUUCAGUUUCGGAGCAAAUUUAGAACCAAAUAUCCAAAUGAAGAAUAUUCGAACCCUAGUAUAUAUGCAGCACGCACUUAUGAUGCAACAUGGGCUGUUGUCAGGUCUAUUCAAGCAUCAAACGGGUUAAGCUCAUCAAAGGACAUUCUAGAAAGCAUUUUACAAACUGAAUUCAGUGGCGUAAGCGGCAACAUAAGCUUUAAAGAUGGAAAACUAGCACAACAUCCAACAUUUACCAUAAUUAAUGUGAUUGGUAGAAGCUACAGGGAGAUUGAUUUUUGGUCACCAGAUUUUGGUUUCUCAAGGCAUAAACUUGGAAAUGGAGAGGGAAGCCUUGAUUUAAUCUAUUGGCCUGGUGGCACUCAAAAGAUUCCAACUGGUCAGAUAUGGUCGGGAAAUGAAGGGAAACCAUUAAAGAUUGGUGUUCCUGCAAAAGGUGCUUUUAAUCAAUUUGUUAAGGUUAGUUAUGAUCCAAACAAGAAUAAAACUUCUGUGACUGGUUUUUCUAUAGAAGUGUUUGAAGCUGCAGUGAAGCAGCUACCUUAUUCGUUGUCUUACAUCUACAUUCCAUACAAUGGCUCGUACGACGAAAUGGUAGCUGAAGUAUAUAACAAGACCUUGGAUGCAGCUGUUGGUGAUACAGAAAUAAUGGCAGAUCGAUACGAGUAUGCUGAGUUUUCUCAACCAUACAUAGACUCAGGAUUAGUUAGGGUGGUACCCAUAAAGUCAAAUUCUAUGAAGGAAGGGUUUAUCUUCCUUUAUGCCUUUACAGCAAAAAUGUGGAUUAUAUUAUUGGCAAUGACAAUAGGCACUGUGUCGAUUGUUUGGUUUAAUGAACAUGUGCAUGGAAAUGAGGAUUUUGAGGCUUCAUCUUCCUUAGAAUGUAUUAGCAGGAUGCUUUGGUUUGCAGUCGCGGUUUUAUCAUUGGCACAUAGAGAAGUUAUCAAAAACAAUUUGUCUCGGUUAGUGCUGUCUACAUGGUUUUUUGUAAACGUGAUUGUUGCUGCAUCUUUCACCGCUACGCUCUCUUCAAUUAUGACAGUUUCAACGUUUCAACAACCACUAGAUCAUCUCGGAAAUAAUGAUGUUGUUGGCUGCAAUGGGAAUUCUUUCAUUGUUCGUUACCUGGUGAACGUCUUGCAUUACAAGCCAGAGAAUAUCAGGAACAUUAACUCCAUUGAAGACUAUCCUGAAGCAUUCAAGAAGGGAGAGAUAGCCAUGGCUUUCUUUGUAUCACCACACGCGAGUGUCUUCCUUGGAAAGUAUUGCCAUGACUAUGAAAAGAUCGGACCUACCUACAAGCUUGGUGGUUUUGGUUUCGUGUUCCAAAAGGGUUCACCAUUGGUGGAGGAUAUUUCGGAGGCAGUUCUCAAAUUAACUCAAAACGGAGAGAUAAAUACUUUAAAUGAAAAUAUGCUAAGAUCCUCUUCCAACUGUUCUCUAUUAGCUCAAGAAUCCAAUGGUCCUCGAGGUACACUAGGCCCCAAGCCUUUCACCGGUUUGUUCAUGAUAUCAGGCAGUAUAUCUGCACUUGUGUUCUUUACCACAUUGGGUCGUCUAGUAGCAGAUCACCAAGCUUCAAUAUGGAGUUUAACACUAUCAACCGUUAUUAUAAGAAGAAUUGGGAAAUGGUUGAUGUUGUUACUCAUCCGGAUUAGAGUUAUACAAUGCGACCCUAAUGUAGAGAUGACUCUUAAUCAAGAAACCGCAUAGUACAUUCCAAUGAGAGAAAUCAUGUUCUUGUGUAUAGAGUUGCAAUGAUGACUGAAAAACUGUACAAUAUGCUUUAUGAUUUGGAUAUGUAAUGUUGGCGAUUUUAGCUACAUGACUAGUGUAAUUGAAAUUAUAUAAGCGACAAAGAAGACUUC